UUCAAUCAAUCAUUAGUCGGGGACAUAUCUUUUUUUUUCCUUCUUAACUAUGAUUAUCAUUUUAAUAAUUUAUGAUAAUUAUACAGCUAACACUUGCUGGUAUUAUAGGAAAUUCAUUCUAAAGUGCAUGCAUUAUUCGGAUUGCAAGUUUGCGUGCAGCUGAAACGCCACAGGAACGUUAUUCCAGCAUUUACGUAACAAAUAUGGAUACUAACGCUGUGCUUCUUCGUUUUGUACUUUUAUCCGCGCUCUUUCCGACGAACAUUUUUUGUCAAAGUGGGAAAAACGUAAAUUCAUUGUUGACUUACCUGUUUACAACUGAGGGAUACAACAAGAAAGUUCGACCACUGACAGACCAAUCGCAAGCAGUUGAUGUCAGUGUGGACUUCUACUUAAACUCGGUGAUUGAGUUUGAUGAACAAGACGAGAGUUUAAAGACCUCCGGAUUUCUUAGCUGUAGCUGGACAGAUCAGUAUUUAACAUGGACGCCCUCUGCUUAUAACAACAUCAAUGAACUUUUCAUUCCUCAAGACGAUAUAUGGAAGCCAGACAUUUCCUUGAGAAACACAUUUAAAUCUUUUACCGGCCUAGGUGCCUCGUAUCUAAACGCAUAUGUAACAAGUGCUGGAACUGUCGAGUGGAAUCCAUAUCAGGUAUUAGAAUCGACAUGUUCAGUUGACAUCACAUAUUUUCCAUUUGACACACAAACAUGUGAGUUAAAGUUCACGGCCUGGAGUUAUAGCAAAGCUCAUGUCGAGCUUAACCAAGGGAGCAGAGGUGUACAACUUGAAGAAUAUGUAGAAAAUUCCGCAUGGAAACUGGUCGAAACAUCUGCUAGAGAAAUAAACACAGAUGAAGCAGCAGUCUUUUUUACAUUGAAGCUGAAGCGGAGACCAAUUUUUUAUAUUAUAAAUGCUAUAUUACCUGUAGUGUUUCUUUCCCUUUUGAACAUUUUUACGUUUCUCCUGCCGGUGUCAUCGGGAGAAAGAGCCAGCUAUGCAGUUACAGUGUUCCUCUCAUUGGCUGUGUUUUUAACCAUCAUUGCGAACGAACUACCAAAAAACUCCGAAAAGACAUCUCUACUCUCCGUCUAUCUGAUGCUCAUGAGCAGUCUGAGCACUUUUAUUGUCAUAUUGAGCAUAGCUGAGGUGAGGAUAGCAACUCGGAAUGCUAAUACAAAGCCUGUUACCAAAAUAUAUAUGAUUGUCAUAAAAAUAGCACAUUUCAUCACAUGUAAGACGUGCAAAAAGUCGGUAACUCCAGCAAAAGUGUCGACGCCGAAGGCUUGUAAACGUCUUGAUCUGGAGGACCACAUCACGUGGACCGAAGCUGUUGAUGCUAUUGACAUAGUUUCCUUUUGGUUUUCCCUACUAUUCACAUUUCUCUGCACUUUGAUUCUUGGUGCAGUGGCUGUAAACGGAGAUACAUGAAGGAUACGGAUAAUUAUUUUAGUUCACCAUACAUAAACGUUAAUAUUUGAUCUAUGCGUUCUGACUUGUUUCUUUGUUUUUUAGUACACAUGUAAACCUGAUAGUAUGCACGUAUUUGAUAUGAAAUUGAUAAAUCUUAGUCUUAAAUGUUGUUAACCUGCAGAUACAGAAUUACUGAAAUAAAAGAAUUGUGAUGUAUAUUGUAUAUUGUAAUGAUCAAGCAGAAAAAAAUGCUGGUACAUUUUGUUAAAGCUUUCCUAGUUCAAACUUUGCAUACUUGAUUUGUUA